AUGACCACUCACAAACCGGGAACAGAAUAUGACGUUAUAAUUGCUGGCGGCGGCACCGCUGCUUGCAUUGUCGCUGGUCGACUGGCUAAAGCAGAUCCCAACUUAUCGAUCCUUAUUGUCGAACGUGGCACGAAUAACCUCAAUGAUCCCAAUGUUGUCAAUCCGUCCAGAUAUCUCACUCAUCUUACUCCAAGUUCCAAAACGACAAUUGUAUAUAAAGGAAACAAGUCAGAGGAUCUCAAUGGCCGCGAGCCCCUGGUGCCCUCAGGAGGCAUGCUGGGAGGAGGCUCUUCUGUCAAUUUCACGAUGUAUACCCGAGCUGCGGGGGUCGACUUUGACUCUUGGAAAACCGAAGGAUGGGAUGCGAAAAGCCUGAUACCAUUUGCUAGAAAGCUAGAGACAUAUCACCUGGACCAUCCCGAAGUGGACAAGUCUGUACAUGGACACGACGGCCCAAUCAAUGUAUCUUUCGGCUCUUAUAGUGCCAAAGGCGUGCAAGAUGAUUUUAUGGCCGGUGCUGCGGCUAUUGGCCUUCCUGAAAUUACCGAUUUGCAGGAUUUUACGUCUGUCAAUGGAAUAUCUCGAUAUCUUCGCUACGUUUCGCCUGACGGCAAACGGCAAGAUACGGCCCAUCGUUAUGUCCAUCCUCUCAUGGCUUCUGGGAAGUAUCCCAAUCUUCAUCUUCUGCUCGAGAGCAAGGUCACUCGCGUCAUUUUUGAAGGUAACCGAGCUGUGGGCGUGGAAUGGGUGCCAAACCCAGACUACCAGCCCAUGACCAAUCUGACUCAAAGUGAGCCAUCGGUAAUUAGAGCAAGAAGGCUGGUGGUAGUGUCUUCAGGAGCCCUCGGCACGCCACUUGUUCUCGAGAGAUCAGGAGUUGGCAAUGCUGAGCUUCUUAAGAAGCUUGACAUUCCUGUCGUCGCCGAUGUACCAGGUGUUGGCGAGGAAUACCAAGAUCAUAACCUGAUAUUUUAUACUUACAAGACCUCGCUGAAACCUGAUGAGACACUCGAUGAUUUGCAUAGAGGCCGAUUGGAUUUUGAAGAGGCGCUCAAGACGAAGAAUCCAAUUCUGGGCUGGAACGGCGUUGAUAUUGCAGCCAAGUUCCGCCCAACGGAGGAAGAAGUGGCGCAGCUGGGUGAAGAAUUCCAAGAGCAUUGGGAUCGCGACUUCAAAGAGCAGAAAACAAGGCCCUUGAUGCUCUUGGCAAUCGUUAGCUCUUACCUGGGCGACUACAGGACCUUGGCAGAAGAACAAGAGAAUGGUCCUUCUCAGUAUAUCUCUGUCGGUAUGUACACGGCAUAUCCAUAUGCCCGAGGCGACAUUCACAUCACCUCCAAAGAUCCCGAGGCCGCGCCUUCUUUCAACACCGGUUUCUUCUCCAAGAGUGUUGAUGUGACGAAGCAAGUUUGGGCAUAUAAGAAGCAGCGAGAAAUGUUCCGUCGUGUAAACUCGGUUACCGGCGAAGUUGCCUCGGGACAUCCAAGCUUUCCAGAAGGCAGCCAGGCCGGUCUUCGAAAGAACCGUGAAGUUGCAGAAGGCUUCAAAUCUCUUGAAGAGAGAAAGAAGCUACGUCCUAUUGAGUAUACCAAGGAAGAUGAUAAAGCUAUUGAAAAUUUCAUCCGAUCCAACAUUGAAACAACGUGGCAUUCUAUCGGAACUUGCAAAAUGGCGCCAAAGGAAAAGGGAGGCGUUGUGGACAAGAAUCUCAACGUUUACGGCACCGUAGGGCUGAAGAUUUGCGAUAUCUCAAUUGCACCCGAGAAUGUCAGCGCCAAUACAAACAACACGGCACUCAUUAUUGGAGAAAAGGGAGCAGACAUAAUAGCCAGGGAGCUUGGACUUUUUAAUUGA